UUGCGUCGUUUGCGUCCUUGUGAUUGUGUAAUUCAACUUUAAUUUUAAUUAAAACAACUCAUUUAAAAAUGAAUUCGCUAUGGAGGCGUGUAAUAAGACCAUCUUACAUCAAUAAUUAUAUAUAUAAGCAAGUAUCAAGCCAAAGAUGCGUACACAAUUUCAUGUUAAAAAACAUAAACAUAACCUCAACAGUAGUUAAAUAUCCUCCGAUUAUGCUAAACUCUUCGCGAUUUAAGUCUAAAAAGCAACAUGCACAGGACUCUGAUGACGAAGGUGAUGUACAGUCCGAUGAUUCUUCUUUGUCACGUGAUUCCAAAGUAGUCAAAUUCAACACCACUACCAUGCGCACUGAUGUUAUACUGAAAUCGGCACUUGGGGUAGCUAGGAACAAAAUAGAGCAAGUUUUUUAUGAAAGCAAAAUAAGAGUAAAUGGAAAGAAAAUUCUCAAAAAGAGUGCAUCGGUAAAAGUUGGAGAUGAGGUUGACGUGAUCAAAUCAGUCAGUCCCAAAAACCCUGACCACUUAUAUGUAUCAAGAGUAGAAAUUAUAAAUGUAGCUGCUACAGAAGAUAAUAUUGUGGUCACAGCAAGAAGGUUUAAGAAUUUACUAAUAGAAAAUUAUGAAAAAGACCCUUAUAAAUCUGGAGCUGUGGAUCCUGACACUCAAUAAUCCAUGGAAAACUUGUUUUAAUAGUGCAAUAAUGUAGACAUUUAAGAAAACAAUAUUUUUAACAA